AUGAGCGAGAAAAUCGUCGAGAACUCCUCAGGAGAUCUCGAAAAAGUCGCUGAUUUAUCACCCAAAGCUACAAUUGACAAUGGGGAAUCUAAAGAUAUUAGAAUCAUUCAUGCGGAUCCGAAUGAUGGAGAUAUUGCCUUGAACGCAUUUGCUGGCCAUGAGGGCGUGAUUGUCUUGACGCCAGAGGCCGAGAAGAAGCUUUUGAGGAAGAUUGAUUGGAACUUGAUGCCCAUGCUUUGCGUCGUUUAUGGCCUAAAUUAUCUGGAUAAAACCACGCUCUCUUACGCCAGUGUGAUGGGUCUUCAAAAAGCAAUCCAUCUUAAGGGCGACAAUUACCAAUGGCUCGGAUCAAUGUUCUACAUCGGUUACUUGGUCUGGGAGUAUCCGACAAAUCGACUUCUCCAGCGACUUCCUCUCGCGAAAUGGUCAGCUUUCAACAUUAUCAUGUGGGGUGGUACGCUCUGCUGCAUGGCAGCCGUAAGUAAUUUUGCUGGAGCCGUAGCUGUGAGAUUCUUCCUAGGAGUGUUUGAAGCUGCAGUGACUCCUGGAUUUGCCCUAUUCACAUCGCAAUGGUAUACUCGACAAGAACAAGGCACGAGAGUCGGGAUUUGGUUCUCGUUUAACGGCUUUGCCCAGAUUUUCGGUGGACUUGUCGCUUACGGUAUUUCCAUUGGGGUUCAAAGACAUGGUGCAGCCAUAGCUUCGUGGCAGAUUGUCUUUUUGACGAUUGGUCUGAUUACCGUGGCAGUAGGAUGCAUCUUCCUCUAUUUCAUGCCAGAUAAUCAACUCAAUGCGAGAUUCUUGACGCCCGAAGAGCGACUCAUGGCUGUUGAGCGGAUACGAAAGAAUCAGCAAGGUGUGGGAAAUAAGCACUUCAAGAUGUACCAGUUGAAAGAAGCUUUGGCUGAUCCAAUGACUUGGGCAUUUGUCUUUUUCGCACUUGUCGCCGAUAUCCCGAAUGGUGGAAUAUCCAAUUUCUUUUCCCAGCUUAUAGUCUCGUUCGGAUACACAGCUGACGAAUCACUGCUCUACGGCACUCCAGGCGGUGCAGUGGAAGUUGUCGCUCUGAUUUUCUGUGGCUGGGCUGGAGAUCGGUACGGCUGCAGAAUCCUAAUGGGAAUGUCAGGAAUGGUAGUCUCGAUCAUCGGGAUGCUUUUGAUCGUCUGUCUGCCACUAUCAAAAUCCAGUGGUCGGCUAGCGGGAUACUAUCUCACGCAAGCAUCGCCGACCGGAUUCGUCGCCUUGUUAUCGUUGAUAGCUUCAAAUGUUGCCGGAUAUACAAAAAAGACAACUGUCGGUGCUCUGUACCUCAUCGCUUACUGCGUUGGUAAUAUCAUUGGACCGCAAACAUUCAGGCCAAAGGAUAAGCCUCGAUACGUACCAGCGGAGAUUACUAUCAUCGUCUGCUAUGCGCUCUGUGUCCUCGAUUUGGGUGUCAUCUUUUGGUACUAUCGCAAGAUGAACAAGAAGAAUGAAGCGGUGAGAGCCAAUCCAGGAUACAAGAAGCUGGAUAAGCAGGAGUUUUUGGAUUUGACGGAUAAGGAGAACCCAGAAUUUGUGUACACUGUGUAG